AUGGCUAAGACUAAGACAAUUGUCAUCUCACAGCCAAUGGACGCGCGACAUGUCGGUGGCGUCAAUGUUAUGGGUAGUGGGAGCUCAAGCCUUGACAACUACUUCAGUCACAAUGAAGCUGAACCGAAUGAACGGUCGCCGCCUGGCCCUGACGGCGCCAAGUUAGAAACACGCGGCCGUUCAGAUACCGUACCGGUUAACACACGACGACCAGGCCUGUCGUGGAAGGAGAGUUUCUCUAGAUUGAGACAAAAGUCUUUCUCUCCUCACUCAAGAUCACGUCGUGGAAGCGAGGAGAGGCAUCUGCCAGAAAGUCAGGUGAACAGCCAAGUGGAAAGGUCUGAUGGCAGUCCUACUCCUCUAAGGACUCAGCGUAGCACAACACGACUAGGACAGAGCAUCGGAUUGGAAAGCGACUCAGACAAUUCCACCUCAGUAUCAAAAAGUCGUACAUUCCAACCAGAGCUCGCAUCGGCCCGUCCCACCACAGCCUCGUCAAUGUACUCAACCGCCACCAAUCUUGAACCAUACAACGCAAUAACCACAUCUCAAAGAAAGAUUGCUUGGAACGAGCAACAUCUCCCACCUCCUGGAGAGCGCAAGAUAUCCGAGGCAAGCAUCCGACCACCCCAGCCAUGGGCCAAACCCAAACGCACAGACUCGGGUACUGCCAUUGACUUUACAAAUGUGCCUGUAGAGGAGCGUCCGAUUCCCUUUCAAGAGAUCAUGGCUAUCCCGAGUCUAUCGGAACGCUUGGCCAUGUACAAGAAGACGCGCGACUACUGGGCGACUGCAGAUCAUGGAUUGGGAGAAUGGGUCGAGCGAGCUGCGGCGCCAAAGACGAUUGCUGCAUAG